UGUAUAAUUUUUUCAAAACAGGCAUCAAAGAAGUUCGAAUUGUCCAAUGUGUUGGCAGCCCUUAAGUCUGAAAGAUCCUACAAGUCAAGAAUUGCUUGAGGCAGUGGAACAAGAGAGGAAUAUUAGGUUUAAUCAGGCAAGAAAUGCUACAUUGUUUCGUCGUCCUACUCUGUUGACCACAGGGAUGAGUGAGUCUGAACUCGAAGAGCGCAUUAUUCAGCAUUUGGCUGCUGCUGCAGCAAUGGGACGGGGACGCCACUUUGGUCAACGAGAGGGAUCAAGAAAUCAGUCAUCUUCCCAUGGUCGUCCACAUUUUUUAGUGUUUUCAUCUCAUCCUGAUCCAUCUCCUACUGCUGCUGCUGAAUCGGAUUCUCGUCAAGCUAUAGCUGAUCCUUCUGUUCCUAUAACACCUGUCCGCCGUGAGACCACACAGUUCUUGCCUCACCUCUCAUCUGGUCAAAGUAAUCAACUUUCUGCUUCAUCAUCUCGAUAUGCUCGCCCACAAACCGUUAAACAAGAAAUAUCUGUUGGCGAUAGAAGCUCUUCUAGUCCAUCUUUGACAGAAAACCAGGAUACAGAAGGACCAUCAGACCUUCAUUCACUAUCGGAAUCCUGGAAAUCUCGAUUUAAUUCAAUGUCAAUGAAAUAUAGAGAAUCAAUCACAAAGAGUACACGAGGGUGGAAGGAGAGAUUGUUUUCUCGAAGUACUUCUAUGGCAGAUAUUGGUUCCGAAGUUAGGAGGGAGGAUAAUGCUGGAACAGGUAAUGUAUCUCGCAUAAUGGAACACCUCGAGACACAGGAAAAUCAAACGGACAACAAC